AUGACGGCUGUGAUCCUGCCUAAGGGAAAAUGCGGUCUCUCCAGGGGAAUCACUCGUUAUAUGGUGGCAAUGGCAAUCUCAGACAUCCUUGUUCUGAUCUUUCACGUGUUGCUGAGCAAAAUCGUUGCUUACUAUUUCCCCUCUUCAUUUCUGUCCCAAACUGCAAUCUGCACCUCGUAUGCCUACCUGAGAAUUGUUUCUCUGGGUUGUUCAGUCUGGUUAACGGUGACAUUCACCUUUGACCGAUUCAUUAACAUCUGCUGUCAGAAACUGAGACUCAGGUUUUGCACGGAGAAAACUGCAGUAGUGGUUAUUAUGUCCACGUGUGUACUGAGCUGUUUAAAAUACAGCCCCUUCCACUUCAUGUAUGAGCCCAGCAUUGUUAUCGACAAUGUAGAGUGGGGCUGUCAGGCUAAGACAAUCUUUUUCAUUUCCGCAGGCUGGGUGGCUUUCUCUUGGAUUUGCACUCUCUCUGUCUCACUGCUCCCAUUCUUCCUCAUCUUGCUGCUCAAUGGUCUUACAGUCAGGCACGUCCUAGCAGCCAGUAGGGUCCGCAAAACCCUGAAGGGACUGGGCAGUGGACAAAACAGGAGCGACAGUGAGAUGGAGAAUCGACAAAAAUCCAUUGUCUUACUCUUCUCUUUCUCCAUCACUUAUAUACUAUUGUGGUUGACGGAAACAGUAACUUUUAUUUGCACUCGGAUAGCAAUCAGUGCCUUGGACCAGAAUCCCACAAGCCCCGCAUACAUCGCCAAUGAGGUUGGUCUCUUUCUCAUGCACCUGAGCUCCUGUAUGAAUACUUGCAUUUAUGGAUUGACCCAAAGCAAGUUCAGAAACGAAGUGAAGAAUGCCAUUAACUAUCUGAUAACACGAGUUACUAAAUUAAUAAAAUGA